CUAAGGCCCGAAGAACGGAAAAACACUAUUGCAGUGAGAGAGAGAGAGAGAGAGAGAGAGAGCGCACGAAAUGAUCUCAAAUAUGUGGCUAUGUGGCAUCAUAGAAGGCUAAUGUGCCUUAUCUAUUACAGUUGUGGCCGUUGUUCCUUAACCAUAUUAUCCCUACUCUCCAUAAUAUCAUCAUCACCUCCAAAACAUAGCAUAAGUUAAUUUCUUGUUCAAGAAUUCUCCCAUCUAUCAAUGGCUUCCUCUACUCUCUCCCCUCCAACUACCUCACAGCUAUGCUCUGGCAAAAGUGGAAUGUUCUCUCCUACACAUGCUGUGUUUCUGAGACCAACAAGAACCCACAUGGUGACAAAGGACAGAGCAAUGAAACUUACAUGCCAGGCUACAAGUAUCCCUGCUGAUAGAGUUCCUGACAUGGGUAAAAGGCAGCUCAUGAAUCUUCUUCUUCUGGGUGCUAUUUCCCUUCCUACUGGUUUUAUGCUGGUUCCUUAUGCCUCCUUCUUCGCUCCUCCUGGGACUGGUGGUGCUGGAGGCGGUACCGUUGCCAAGGAUGCUGUUGGAAAUGAUGUCAUUGCAGAACUGUGGCUUAAGACUCAUGGCCCUGGAGACCGCACUCUUACUCAAGGAUUAAAGGGAGACCCAACUUACCUUGUGGUGGAGAAAGAUAGAACUCUCGCAACAUAUGGAAUUAAUGCAGUCUGCACACACCUUGGGUGUGUUGUUCCUUGGAAUGCUGCUGAGAAUAAGUUCAUCUGCCCCUGCCAUGGAUCCCAGUACAACGACCAAGGAAGAGUUGUUAGAGGACCUGCUCCACUGUCACUAGCGUUGGCCCAUGCUGACAUUGAUGAUGGGAAGGUGGUCUUUGUCCCAUGGGUAGAAACAGAUUUCAGAACUGGAGAUGCACCAUGGUGGGCUUAAGCUUUCUAUUGUCAACAUACUCCCAUUCAAAUUAAAGAUGUAAUGAAACAGUUUGUUUUGCAGCAGCGCAUAAACAUACUGCAUGAUAGAGGUGAACUUCAUAGAAUAGAGCUCAUAAGUUAUCAGGACAAUAAUAUUUUAAACAUCGAUAAUCUUGUGAUGCUCGACAUAUAUUUGAUCUAUUCUUUGUGUCUUAA